GUCAAUUCUUAGUUCAUUUCAAAUCAUUGUAGUUGCACAAAAGAGAAGAAUGGCUCCAAAGCGUGCAGGGAAGAAGAAGGGGAAGAUUAUAGGGUCAGUUGUGAGGUCGACAAAGAGAGUUGUUAAAGAGACUGUGAAAGUUGCUCUUAUUGAAGGAGACACUCAGGAAUCAACACAAGACGAUCAAAAUGCAGAAACUGAAGAGAUUCCUCAGAAUGUUCCUGUUAAAGAAACUGUCACUAAGACCAUUCCUGUUCAAGAAGUUGUACAAGAAGAAGUAACAACAGAAGAAGAAGAAGAAGAAGAAGAAGAAAUUCCUGUCCAAGAUCCUGAUCAAGAAAAGCAAGUACCAUCAAAGCCAAAGGAAGAUGUUCGAGAAGAAGAAAAGCAAGUACCAAAAGAAGAAAAGACUGGAAUAAAAGAGAAAACCCAAGAAGGGAAAGGGCAAGAAAAGAAGAGGAAGAGGAGAAGGGGAAUAGAUAAAAAAGGUGAAAGUUAUAAAAGGUAUGUGUUUAGGGUACUGAAGCAAGUUCAUCCAGACCUAAGGAUAUCAGCCAUGGCAAUGAGUAUUAUUAACAGUUUGAUGAAUGAUAUAUUUGAGAGAAUUGCUGAUGAGGCAGCAAAACUUUCACAGUAUACUCAUAGAAGUACACUCUCUUCUAGGGAGAUUCAAGAUGCUGUGAAGCUGACUUUGCCUGGUGACCUUGGAAGACACGCCAUUGCUGAAGGGUCUAAAGCUAUUAGUAAUUUUAUGUCUUUUGAUGGAAAAAAGUCCAAGGUUUAGUUAAUUGUUUAUCCUUAGUCACUUAUGUUAGGAUUUUUCUUUUGUAGUGUUAGAUCAAUGCAAAUAUUGUUGUAGGUUAGCAAUAUUUCUGUGUUGAUUUUGGUUUUAGGUUGGUAAGAUUCUGAAUGUGACAUGUGUUGGUUAAUCAAUUCCCUUCUCUAAUCAGUAAUCUUAAUUUUUUUCAA